CGAGAAAGAGCAAGAGCAAGGGGAGGAAGGGAAAGGCAAAUUUCAGGCUCUCUGAGCACCAUUAGGGAUUGAAAGAGGACGGGGGGAAGCCUGCCACGACAAAGCCAGCUGGAGGUGGGAGAGAGAAUACAACACAGGCAGACAUACUUGCACAAACACACCACCUUUGUCUCUGAUUUUUUUCUUUCUCAAUUGAGGGAGCAGAUGGUUAGAGGGAGAGUAGGAUCCUCCCUUACGCACACACACACACACACCACACACACACACAUACAUAAAUACGCAUGCACACACACAUGCACUGACUGACACACAAACACACAGUCACCAGCAAAAUACCAAACCCAGCUAGAGGAUUGUUGCUGACUGCAUGGAGCUGUCCUCACUUUGUUUGGGCUUAGAGGGAAGCACAUCUCUGGCUUCUAUUCUGAGGAGGAAUACCCUUUGCAAGAUCAGAGGACUCGAGAAGGAGACAACAGAGGAGAGGAGAGGGGGAUGAGACUUGUGAAAAUCCUGUUAAAAAAGCAGCUUUGGGAGGAAGACAAAGCACAGAUUAAUGCCAGAUAAUUACCUUCCUUGGACGAGGACUGUCAUUUUGAACGGUGGAUGUCAUUUAAUUUGGGAAGGGGACGAGACUACUGACGCAAAGUGAAGGCAAAGAGGCCCUUUUCUGCUGUAAAUCAUUUCUUUGUCUCUUCAUCCCUCUCCUGUGAUGACAUCAUUUUCACUGGGAUCCAGGAGCACAUGAGGUCUUCGGUCCCAGUCCAAACCCCAGUCCCAAAUCUCCCAAUCUUUUCACGGAGUGGUUAAUCCAGAUUUGGGAAUGCUGGGCAGCACAGAGUGCUGAGCCAACAAAACCGCGCCGCCCCAGGAUUUGUGGAAUCUAAAGCAAAUCUGAAAAUCUUGAUGGUGGUUUUUGGAGGAGCUAACGCAACCCAGCAAGAAAGCAAUCCAGCUCAGGUUGACUGAAUCCAGGCUCCAAACAGAUUCAGUGUCCGGAGCUCCAGCCCACGAGCUUGGCUCGACUCCAGCCUUCUCCUGACAGGGCCUGAAUUUACUGCUGCUGCUCUGGGAGUCAAAUUUCAUGCAACCAUUCCAAUGGUGUAACGGAUGCCUGUGUGGUUUGGGUACUCAGCGCUCUGAACACUACUGCAGCAUGACUUCUGACAUAUAUCACCUCCCACUCAAUGUGUAUGUCAUUGUGCUGGGCAUCGGCCUCUUCGUCUUCAUGCUCAGCCUCAUCUUCUGCUGCUACCUUUUCAGGUUGAAACAACAAGGAACAAGGGAGCAGUUCAGCUACAAUGAGGUGGUGCUGAAGGGGGCAAGCAAGAAACUGAGCCUCCUAGGACAAACCUGUGCGGUAUGUCUGGAAGAAUUCAGGACCAGGGAUGAACUGGGAGUGUGCCCAUGCUCACAUGCAUUUCACAAGAAGUGCCUGCUUAAGUGGCUGGAGAUUCGCAGCGUGUGCCCCAUGUGCAACAAACCCAUCCUCCGGCUCCACACAGACGCUCCCCAGGGUGCUGAGGGCCCAAUGGACCCAGAGGAGGUGUGAGGGAGUUGAGAAAGAGGAAACCGGACUCCCCUUACAGAAAACACACACAUUAAACACACUAAGGAUGAUGGACAGCGCUCAUCUUUAAGACAUCUCACAGGAAAUGUUGAUAAUGAUCCCAAGUGGCCGCCCUGCUGCUGACAUUUGAGCAGUAUGCCUUGGUGGGAAUUGGAAACUGACAGCACCAAAAUGAUUUGGUCAGAUCAGUCAGGGAGUGGGUGGAUGAAUAGGAUCUUUUCAUAAAAAUGCUCCUAGUUCUACUUCCAUAUUGCACUGUUCAACAAAAAACAAAAAAGACAGGAAAAGGAGCCACAUUAGAGAGAAGGCUAUCAUUGCCACCGUCACUGGAUGACUAGUGCAGCACUGCCAGAGACCAACAACCCUUCAGGCAUUGAGUAGGACAUCAGAGUACAGGAUCAGAAUGGAUACCUCUAAUAUCUCAGGGGUGUUACCAAUACAGCCAGCACAAACCAUGUCAGCCACCCUAUAACCCUGUGCCACACAUGCAUCUUCAAUACUGCCAAUGUAGGUGAAAUGCUCCAGCAGUCAGAGGUAGCCACAACCUCCGGCUGAAACCAAGACCAGCGGGAAUACAACCAUGAAGAUUUAAGUAGACAGCAUUGUUACCGAUUGUGUCCUCGGCCCUGUCCUUUUAAAAAGAGACUGAUAGAAAAACUAGUCUUGCCUGUAUGUAUUGUAUGUAAACAUGUCCCCUAUAUAUUGUUAUUUUGUAUUUGUUGCUUUUAAAUAAAACGUCACGUAAUGUAUGGUAA